AUGACACUGAUGUUCUCAAUCAUCAAAAGAAUUUGGAACAUUUUUACACCCGCUGAAGAAGCUGUUCCUGUUGUUGAAUUGAAUUCUAAUGUUGAUUCACUGCCUACCAAAACUCCUUCUUGUAGAUCUGAGUUUAGAGAUUUAUUACCCGAGUUUAGAAAAUAUUACCCAAAGGAAAACUGUUCUGAUUUAUCUUCCGUUCCAUCCAACUUCAAUCCUAAUCCACAAGAGUCUUCGACUUUGAAAUCAUCUGCUUCUGACCACAAACACAAACAUGGUUUUCCCAAGUUACUGAAUUGUUUUAAAAUAUGGGGUAACGACAAAUUCAGCACUGCUACCAAGAUUGAUAGACAAUUCCCAGUUACUCUGAGCUUGCCUCCUAAUGUUGUUGAUCAAAAGUUUACUGAACAUUCAUCCCAAUUUAUCCAGUCUCAAUUUGGCUUAUCUACACAAAUGUCUAGAGAACUUAAGAAACUUAAGGUCAGAUCAUCCUGGAAUGAGUUAAAAGACAUUCAAAGGGAAUUAUUAGACAGAUAUGCUAGUGAAUGUUUCCAAGUUUGUCGCUGUGAAACUACUAUCAGGCAGCUCAGGGAAAAAUUAGAAGAACUUGAAGUUGAAUUAGUCAAUGCCCAAAAAGAGUAUGAAGAGUGUGGUGAAAGUAUUUCCAGUAUUUCCACUGAAUUGGGAUCUUCUAUAAAUCUGUUGGAAAAUUCAAUACGUGAUAUUUGUGGAAAGAUAGAUAACACUACUGGAUUUGUAACCAGCUUAGGUGAACAAUCUCCCAUCACGUCGCCAAAGAUUAAUCCAUUCUCAACCAAGCAUAGAAAAGGAAGUAUUUUACUGACACUUUCCCAAAUGUUUCACCAAGAAAAAUCAAACUCCAAAGCUAAUUUUGAAAUUCAUAGUGUUUCUCCAGAAAUCUUUGAACCGAGUAUCCGGUAUAACUCAUUGCACGCUAUUGGAAAGUUGAGUUGUUCCCAAGUAGUUAAUGUUUCUGGAAUUGUAUAUCUGGAUAUUUUCACUUCUGGUGAAGGGUUAUGUCCAGAAGGUAUUGUCCAUGAAGCUCCUGGAAAUAAUUCAGACGUAUCAUUUAGUAACCAAUCUGAGUCGACAUACUUAUCACGUUCUCUGUGGCAAAAUGAACGUUUUAAAUGGUUCGAUUUUAAAGGUAGAAUAGCUUCCAAGUUCAUGGAAAAAACAAAUAACCUGACCCUUGAAAGAAAACAAAGACAGUUUGAAGAACUCAAGGAACAUAAAUUAAGAAAGCAACAGCGUAAAGAAAGACAACUGACAGGUUAUAAUUCCCUUGAUAUCAAUAUUGGCCAAAAUGAUUCUGAAGAUGAUUCAUUUGGGGAUUCUAAACUCAUUAGAUUUCGUGCUGUUGCGCGCUCUAACCCUGGGUCUGGAAUCAUACGCAAAUUAAAACAACUUAAGAAAAGGAUUUAA